AUGGGUAUCAAAGUGAAUUUCCACAAGUCUUCUUUGGUAACUAUUAAUUGUGGGGGCAAUGUAGCGGUGAAUCUGGCAAGAGUUGUGGGCUGUAAAAUAGCAAGUUUCCCCAUUUUCUAUUUGGGCUUGCCUAUUUCUGGUACCAAGUUCCCUAUUGCUGUGUGGGAUAAAGUUAUUGAAAGGGUGCAAAUUAAACUUGACUUAUGGAAGCACAAGUAUCUAUCUCUUGGGGGGAGGGUCACACUACUGCGGUCCUGCUUAGCCAAUCUCCCUGUAUACCAGAUGUCCUUGAUCCAAAUGCCGGCUUCGAUGGGAAGAAAGCUUGAGAAAAUGAUGAGAGAUUUCCUUUGGGGCUCGAACGAUGACCACAGGAAAUUCCACUUGGUUAGAUGGGACAAAGUUUGUACUCCUAAACGUGAAGGAGGUCUGGAUAUUCAGAAUGUUAGAAAGUUUAAUGAGGUUCUUUUAUGCAAAUGGUGGUGGCGGAGUAUUAUUUCUAAGGACCAGCUCAGGGAUUUGGCCUUGGCUUUUCAGAUUGGUUGGGAUUUAUUUGGCUAUGCUGCAGAGGGUUUCAGGGACAAUUACUCAAUUAUGAAUGUUACAACAAUCUUGACUGUUACUUUCUCCUAUGUUUAUAAAGAGGCUAAUGAGGUUGCUGAUGCUUUAGGAAAAGGGGGUGUUGGGCUUCUGGCUGUUGGAAAAACGUGCGAGUUAGAUCACCUCAGAUUUGAGGUUGAGGAGUCUACGACCCAAGGAAGAAGAUGCACUGACUGGAUGAGCAACAAACUCAGUUUGAAAAUCGGUGACAAUGCUUCAGGGACGAGGAAUGGAUAUGGCGAAGAUGAAUCUGACUCUGAUACCAUGUGA